AUGCCAUCAUCGUGCCGCAGCACCAGCACCGACUUCCCGCAGUUCGCGCUGCUGCCGGCCGAGAUCCAGCUCAUGAUCUGGGCUGAAGCGGCUGCGCAGCCGCCCCAAGUGCACUUCUUUCAGAAUCUCGAGCCAAAGUUUGAAAAGUGGAUGGACGAGGACGUGUUGUUGGUGCCCAACGGGCAGUCAGGCGCACGGGGGCUGGUGCAUCUGUCGCGGGCUUGCAAGGACGCGCAUUCGGCCGUCGCCCGGCGCGAGCAAGCCAUCGAUACCAAGACGCUGCUGCGCAUCAUGCUCGGCGAGGCCCGGACGGGCACGACACUGCGACUGACCCUGGAUCUGAGGGCCGACCUCGUCUGCCUCGGCGGCCCCGACGCCAGCCGUCAGGAACUGGACGCCAUGCUCGAGUGGGCCAACCCGUCGCACAUCCUCUUCACUGGCGCGAGGCAUCUGGCGGUGCGCUACCAUCCGGAGUGGGACCGCUUCCGUGUUAAGCCGGUGGACCACGGCGACACGUGCCAUCGAACCUCGUGGAGACGCCGGGAUGGCAUGCCGUUUUGCGGCGUGUGCAUCCGAUGCCUGAUGGCCAGGUUCAAGAAGCUAGAGAGCUUCUACCUUAUUGUCGACGGGUGCAGUCCGUCCGAGUCGGCCACGCCUAACAACAUCGAAGCCCAGCGAGCUUUUGAGUGUCCAGGGCUCAAGCCGAGGGCACGGGAAUUCCAGGCCUACAACCGUACAUAUUUCGAGCUUCUUGAUCCAUGGCGAAGAGAUGAGCUACGGCUCCCAGUAACAUCGUUGAAGGAGGUCGAGAACAGCAUAGUGAGUAUUUGCCAUGCACAUCCAAUCGUGAAACUUUAA